AUGGCUUCCCCUAGGUCAUCCUCAUCAUCCUUCUUCUCCCCCGCCAACUCCAGCACCAACCUCAGCAGCGGUGCGGGCAUCAUCAGCAUCGCCCCUUCGCCCACGAUUGUGGUUGGGUCGGAGCACACGGUCGAAUCCACCAGGAAACGUCUCACCUCCCUGCCGGCGAUCAAGAGGGCGAACCUCAUUUCUGAAUUCACCGCCCUCAAACACUGCCCACCCCCGGGGAUAAUCGUCUCCCUGCCCCCAUCCCCCCACAGCCCCGACUACCCCACCCUCUGGUCGGGCGUUCUUUUUGUCAGGAAAGGGCCUUACGCCACGGCUAUCUUGCGGUUUCAGAUCUCUUUCCCGGAUGAUUACCCUGACUCUGCACCGCUGGUGACGUUCUCGACGGACAUUUUCCACCCGUUGAUCAGCCCGCUGACGACGUACGUCGGUGAGGAGAGCGGGAAGAAGGGGGGUUUGAGGCUGCCUCCUGGGGGUUUUGGAUUGUCGCAUGGGUUUCCGGAGUGGUUUGCCGAGCGGGAGGAGGGAGAUGGGAUGGGGGGUGCGUUUGUUGUAGGUGGGAAGGGGAAAAGGGGACGGGGGGAGAGGAAGGUUAGCACGUGGGAGGUGUUGAGGUAUAUUAGGAGUACGUUUGAUGAUGAGAAGGUGUUGGAUGGGGUGCCGCUUGAGGCGGCGGGGAAUCCGGGGGCUUGGCAUGCUUGGAGGACGCAUAGACGGAUGCAGAAGGAGAAGGAGGAAAGGGAAAGGGAGAGGGAGCAGAGGGAGAAGGAGAGGAAGGAGGGGGAGGGGGAGGGGGAAGGGGAGGUGGUGGAAAAGGCGGAGACGGUGGUGAGUGAUGAUGGGAGGGGGAGCGUGGUUGAUGCUAGGACUAGUUCUGGGAGUUUGGCUGUGCCGGCUACGCCCACGAGUAGCAGGAGACCGGAGGAGUGGAAUUGGGAAGGGGUUUGGGAAAGGAGGGUGAAGAGGGGGGUUGCGGCGAGUUUGUCGGAGAGUGUGCUGUUUGGGGGAGCUGGGGGGCCGGAUGAGGUAAUCAAUUUCUUGCCGAUGGACGAGGCUGAGGUUGAGGGGGUCAAGCAGAAUCUCCUGAGAACGCUUGACGCCGUGGUUUAA